GCUUACCACUGUAGUAUAUACAUACUACAACAGCAACAAAAAGGAAGAUUUCGUCUCAUGAAUUUUCAGUUUUAAAUCUUCUUUCAAUCUAUAAGGGAGAAGAAAAGAAGACUUUGUUUCUUCUUCUUCAAGAAACAAGCCCUAGAUUGAUUGAGACCUUCCUUAAGGAAACCAUGGACAAAGUUGUGAGAAUGUCGUCAGAGAAAGGAGUGGUUAUUUUCAGCAAGAGCUCGUGUUGCCUGUCCUAUGCUGUCCAAGUCCUCUUCCAGGAUCUCGGGGUUCACCCAACGAUCCAUGAGAUUGAUAAGGACGUUGAAUGUCGUGAGAUCGAGAAAGCACUUAUGAGGCUUGGGUGUUCCACACCGGUUCCUGCCAUCUUUGUGGGCGGGAAGCUCAUUGGUUCCACCAAUGAAGUCAUGUCGCUGCACUUAAGCGGCUCGCUGGUUCCGCUGGUUAAGCCGUUUCAGGCCAAUCUAUGUUAAAGAAAAGGUGUUUCUAACUUUCUAAACUACCAAAAAAAUGUAUUUCAAUAAGAAACACAAUCGUAUAGCCUAUGCAACCUUUGUAAUGUAGCUUUAUAAGUAUUGUUUGUUUUGUAAUUUCUGAAACUAUCCAAUAAUUGACUAAUUUCUACUA